AUGGUCGAGGGAGGGGCUCCUGAGAAGAGGGCUCCUCCUCUCCUCACCUUCUCUUCUCAGGAGGCCCUCUUUCCUCACCUUCUCUUCUCCGUGCCUUGCUCUGCGCCUCAAAGGCUGCACCUGCUCUGCUACGCACCCUCCCUUCAACUGUUGAAGGGGCCUACUAUGUGUGCGGGCAUCGGGCGCACAGGAGCCUACUGUGUGGUAGACCAUGCAGUGCGGUGUGUGCUGCAGGGAGGAGCCUACUGUGUGGUGGACCAUGCAGUGCGGCGUGUGCUACAGGGGGACCUCUCAGCUCUCAACAUGGCUGCAACGGUGCUGCUGCUGCGGCAGCAGCGGGCCGGCAUGGUGCAGACCAAGGAGCAGUAUCGCUUCUGCUACACCGCAGUGCGCGAUGAACUCAAGCAUCUCAUCAAGACCUUCAACACGGGCCCUGACUCUGACGACUCCUGA